AUGUCAACGAAGAAUGGACAUGGAAGAUGCAUCAUUGUAUGUGUUCACACGAAUGUACAUGGGCUGAGCAUUUGUUUUUAUUUUUUUAUUUUUUAUUUUUUGUUUUUCUUUUUUUUUUGGUUUGCUGUCGAUGAUAGGUGGCACGUGAAUAGGUCUGCGAUUGGAUCCCAUCAUCUUCAGGCCAUGCGCUGCGGGCGAGUGACUCUUCUGUUGGCACCAAGGCUGACCCCUGUCUGCACGGUAGCCAGGACGGGAUCUUGUUCCUCCGCCUCCUCGUCCAAGUCGCUGCGGCAACUGGUGGGGGCCGCCACGCUCAGCACCGGUCCGUCGCUUGGGCAGAGUUUGGGCGCCAUGGAUGCACACUGCCGCCUUGGCACACGUGGUACGUCGCCGGAGUCAACAACGCCCAUGACGGAGCGAUCGUUUGACAUUUUUGAGGGCAACAACAAACAGGCUUGGCUGGACCUCAAAACCGGGUGGUGCCACUUGUGUCAGGAGCCACUAGGGGCGACGAUGGGCGUGCACAUUGGUGAUCGCGACCACACAAACCUGCAGUAUUUUCUUUUUCUAUACGCCGCACACGCACGGGACUGGUCAGGUGAGGAAAUCCUGCAUUCUUGCAUGAUGACAGCGCCCAGCGUACACCACUACGCGACCCGUCAUACAACAUGGGAUCAUCUUCAUGUCAUGGAUGAUGCGAUGCGGCGUGCAGAACUGGAGGCGCUUCUUUUUUUUUUGACGCAACCACCCCAUCAGGCCUUAUCGCAUGUACUGCAAGGACGUAGCCCAUUUGGUUUUUGGUAUAGCGGGGAGCGUAUGUGGAAACUGCGCAUUUCACGCCUAGUCACGCAGCUGUUUCCUCCAAUCUCUGCGGGAAUGAUGACUAACUUUACACAGAAGUGCUGGGGAAGAAGCAACGGUGAAAGAAUGUAUGACGCUUUACGUUUGCAGCGUAUCAAAGCCUACUUUGGUUGGCAGCCGUAUGAGAGCAAAGAGAAGAAGGCUUUUUUCGUUCGUCAGCUGCUUUGGGAGCUUCUCUCAGUGGAGACACGGGAAGAGUUGGAUGAGUUGACAAAGCACAUGGCGGACUUGGCAUUACAGCGGAUGGCAUUUGAGAUGAUAUUUCUUCAGUCCAUGGAGUACAUGCACAAGGUACAGUACGUGUACAAACUGAUGGGUUGCCCCACCGUCCAUGAACUUGCUGCAAUGAAUCUUCUGUAG